AUGAAGCAAAAAUUUCAAGGUUCAACCAGGGUCAAAAGGGCUCAACUGCAAGCUUUACGCAAAGAUUUUGAGAUUCUUCAAAUGAAGGAAGGAGAAACAGUGAAUGCAUAUUUUUCUCGUACUUUAACCAUAGCCAACAAAAUGAAGGCUCAUGGUGAAAGUAUGAGUGAAACAGUCAUUACUGCAAAGAUUUUGAGAUCAAUGAUCUCAAAAUUUGAUUAUGUGGUAUGCUCAAUUGAAGAAUCCAACAACUUAGACAUGAUGACUAUUGAUGAGUUGCAAAGUAGUCUUCUUGUUCAUGAGCAGAGGAUGAGAAGUCGUGGAGAAGAAGAGAAAGUUCUGAAGAUCUCCCAUGAAGACAAAGCAAGUAGAGGAAGAGGUAAAGGUAGAGAGAAGGAAAAAGAUGAAGAAUUGUUAUUAAUGUCUUAUGUUGAAUUGGGGCAAGACAAAAUGGAAGAAGUGUGGUUCCUUGACUCCGGUUGCAGCAAUCAUAUGACUGGCAACAAGGAGUAG